CAUUUUUCGGCACUGGGUUUUCUCAUCCAUCUGGUUUUAGAGAGAGAGAGAGAAGAGGGAGAAGAAGAUGAGGAAGAAACGGGUGGCGGUGGUGGCUCUGCUGAUACUCUGCAUUGUAGGAUUGGAGCCAAGGUUCAUCCAUGGCGCCACAGAUUCGUCAGACACAUCGGCACUAAACACCAUGCAUAGCAGUAUGAAUUCUCCAUCACAGCUAUCACAAUGGAAGCCAUGGGGUGGUGAUCCGUGUGGUGAAAACUGGCAAGGCAUUACGUGUUUGGAUUCACGAGUCACACAAGUAAAGUUACCAAAUCUCGGUCUUUCUGGAUCACUUGGAUACAUGCUCGAUAAGUUGACUGCUGUUACUGAGUUUGAUCUCAGCAACAAUAACCUUGGAGGUGAUUUGCCAUAUAACCUUCCUCCAAACGUACAACAACUGAAUCUCGCUAAUAACCAAUUCACAGGGAAUGGUCAGUAUUCCAUUUCUUUGAUGGCAUCUCUUAAAUACCUAAGCCUUGCCCACAACCAGUUCAAGGGGCAAUUGGCUGUUGACUUCACGAAACUCACCUCCCUCACUUUCCUGGAUCUCUCUUCUAAUUCUUUCUCGGGUUCUCUACCAAGCAGCUUUACAUCUCUCUCGAGUAUAAAAUCAAUGUAUCUUCAGAACAACCAGUUCACGGGCACGAUAGAUCUCCUAGCCGGACUUCCUCUUGAAAAUCUGAAUAUUGCAAACAAUAAAUUCACUGGUUGGAUCCCAGAUUCACUGAAGGGCAUUAACUUGCUAAAGGAUGGUAACUCGUUUAACUUGGGACCUGCACCUCCAACGCCUCCUGGUACAUCACCUAUCCGUAGAUCUCCGAGCCAUAACUCUCGAGGCAGUGAAAACCACUCUAGUGGUGAUUCCAGUAGCAGUGACUCUCGGAAAUCAGGGAUUGGAGCUGGUGGGAUAGCCGGCAUAAUUAUAUCAUUGUUAGUUGUUGGGGCCGUGGUAUCUUUCUUUCUGUUCAAGAGAAAAAGAUCAAAGAGGCCAUCCUUGGACAUCGAGAGGACUGACAACCAACCGUUCACUCUUACGUCAAAUGAAUUUCAAGAAAAUAAGUCUAUACAGGGUUCCUCAUCAGUUGAAACGAAGAAACUGGAUAUCUCACUGUCAAUUAAUCUCCGCCCUCCUCCAGCUGACCGUCACAAAUCUUUUGAUGAUGAUGAUGAUGAUUCAAUGAGAAAGCCCGUCAUUAUGAAGAAAACCACUGUGGUUCCUUCUAAUGUGAAAGCAUAUUCAGUUGCAGAUCUCCAAAUAGCUACUGGAAGUUUCAGCUUAGAGAAUUUUCUUGGGGAAGGGACUUUUGGACGUGUAUACCGAGCUCAUUUUGAGGAUGGAAAGGUUCUUGCCGUAAAAAAAAUAGAUUCUUCGGCUCUUCCAGGUGACCAGGUUGAUGAUUUUAUAGAAACAGUGUCAAACAUUGCCCGAUUGGAUAAUCCGAAUGUUACCAAACUUGUUGGCUACUGCUCAGAACAUGGGCAACACCUUCUGGUUUACGAGUUCCACAAAAAUGGUUCAUUACAUGACUUUUUACAUCUAUCAGAAGAAGAAAACAAACCGUUAAUAUGGAACUCACGCGUCAAGAUCGCCCUUGGCACUGCACGAGCAUUAGAAUACCUGCAUGAAGUUUGCUCACCAUCUAUUGUCCACAAGAAUAUCAAAUCAUCCAAUAUUUUACUCGACUCAGAGUUGAAUCCCCAUCUCUCAGACUCGGGUCUUACAUGCUUCCUUCCCAUGGCUGAUGAGCUGUUGAAUCAGAGCGAUGAAGGAACAGGAUACAGUGCACCAGAAGUUUCUAUGUCUGGUCAAUAUUCUACGAAGAGUGAUGUUUACAGUUUUGGGGUCGUAAUGCUCGAACUCUUAACAGGGAGAAAGCCAUUUGAUAGCACGAGGCCGAGGUCUGAGCAGUCAUUGGUCAGAUGGGCAACACCUCAGCUUCACGAUAUCAAUGCAUUGGGCAAAAUGGUUGAUCCAUCCCUCAAAAGGCUCUACCCUGUUAAAUCUCUCUCCCGUUUUGCUGAUGUCAUUGCCCUUUGCGUCCAGCCUGAGCCAGAGUUCAGACCACCAAUGUCAGAAGUGGUACAAGCAUUGGUCGUAUUGGUGCAGAGGGCUAAUAUGAGCAAGAGAACCAUUGGAGUUGAUCAAUCCCAACGCUCAAGUAGCGCCGAGGUCAAUGAUUACAUGUAAAUUCAUUGCCGGAGAAAAAAAAAACAAUACUUUGAUCUUUAGCUUCUGUGCUCGGAUUCUGUGUCGGACAAAGUCACAGUGACGAGACAAAACAGGGUUUAUGUUUGGUGAAACUGAAGAACGCUCACUCUCGCAAGUCAUUUGUACAAUCCCAUGCCUCUUUGUAAUAUUUUAUGUUCUUAUUUUUCAGCUUUUUAGAUUCUGAACGUCCCCUUUGUGUACUGUCAACAAAUUAUACGAACUCAAAAAGCAUCAAUGUCAAGACUCAAAAGAGUUGUGCAAAACAAGUCCAGCGUAUAUUAGAUUGAUUUCCAAGAAAAGGGAUAUGAAUCUUUUCUUUUGCCGAAGAUGAUAGAUUCAUAAAUUAAAAAAAAAAA